CCUAAUAUAGAGGGCUUGUCUUUACAGAAGGUUGGACUUUUAAGUAUGCAACGUGAGUUCGCGCAGGCAUUUGCAUAUGGUUACCGCAUUACGGUACUGACCAGUGUUACGCAACCUAUAUCUUGUAAAUGAUGAAUGCGGCUGAAUUGGUGAGCCACAUAUCUCUUGGAAUAUAGUGUACCAUAGAAUAAACGUCAUGGCUUUAGUGGGUUUUUUCCUGUUGUGUGUACUGUGCGUUGUGUUGUCCGCCAGCUGUUCUCCUGUCACCAGACGAAGCGCAACCGCCGGUGUAUAUGGCCGGGUUGUACCAAUACCAGCUGGUACAAAAGCCCAUUACAAUAUCCAGAACUUUGCCGGACCUGGGACAUACAAAUUCGGUUAUGACACCGGAUCAGGCCCUAAUCAGUCUUUCCGGCAGGAGGAGCGAGGUCCGGAUGGUAAAGUGAAGGGCAGGUACGGUUACGUUGAACCUUCUGGAGCCUUGCGCGUUGUUGAAUACAUGGCAGAUUCUUCAGGAUUUCACAUAAUCAAGACACGGACUAUGGUGCCGGAUAUGAAGCCAAAAGCUGCAAUGAAAGUUAGAACACCUUUCGUCGGACCCCUUCCGCCUUUCAUCCCAACCAGUUACGUGGUUAAUUUGGCUGGAUGACUUUGAGGUCGAUUAUAAUUUCUGAUAUUUAGUCAACAAUUGCAUUCCCACCGGUUUCAAUUCUACGUCAUUUUGCUACUGCCGAUUCCUAAGUCAUAUCUUACUGGACUUUCAUACCAUUCUCGCCAGUCAAUGCCAGCUUUUACUGUAGUGUGUUAAAAAGUUGAAAGGAAAGAUUGUGUUUAUCAAAAACACUUUUGAAUCAAAUGAUAAAAAUUAUUGCAGCAUGCUGCAGCUGACUAUUGCAUGGAAGGUAUAUGAGUAAAGAAAACUGGUGAAUUUUAAAUAAAACUGGCUGAGAAGCGAGAAGUGUUUUCCCUGUCUUCCGAAACGGAUUGCGUGUUCCUUAAACUCUGAGUUUAAAAUCUGCUGAACAAAAGCUGUAUAUUGCAAACAAAGAAUUUUGUAAACAUCGAUGAAGCAUUCAAAACACUUAUGAAGUUUAUAGUUUAUAAACACUUACGUAUUUAUAAACUGCAACAAUAUACUGAAGAAUAUCUGAUUAUUACUUUCAUAUGUUUAGGAAAAAGAAAGAGGAUUAAGAAUAAUGUUUAAUCCAAAAUUUAGGAAUAUUGUAUUUUAAAAUGCUUUUAUGUGCAAUUUAUCUCAGUUUUUAUUUAGUUAUAUAAAAUACUUCAAACUAUUCUUUUUUGAGUAUACAUAUAAAUAUCUGGUUGCAACGAAAGUUAUCCGCCAAAAAAUGUUUUUAAAGUUAGAAAAAAAAAUGUGAAAGAAGUACCUUUAGUGCGGAUAUGUUUCGGGCCGCGAGUCCCGAAACAGAUCAACCUCAUUUCGGGUGGCCUGCGCAGAAUGGAAGAUAGCACCAGCAAGACGUAGCUGCAGGUGUGAAAGAAAGAUAGAAGUCCGAAGGAGCGAUGUCGCGAUUGUAUGGUGGGUGUGGCAAAAGAUCCCAUUCGAUUCCGUACAGAACUCAGCCGGUGAGUGCAGAUCCAUUUAGUCUUGCAUUAUCCUGAUGGAACAUAACCUUUUUGAGACGGAACUCAGUUCGACGCUUUUCCUUGAUAGCAACGUCUCUUACUGCCGAUGGUUUUUACCUUUUUCUAGCUUCGCUUUGUGGAUAACACCACGGCUAUCUCACCAGAUAAAAAGCAUGUUUCUUUGUUAGUGAACUUGCGCUUUACGACGCUACCGACGGGCUCACCGGGGGCUGACCAACCCUUAUUUCGGCCGGUGUUGUGAAAGAAAAUUCACGUUUCAUCACACGUGACGAUCCGGUUCAGAAAUUUUUCCUUGCGUUGCUUUCCAGCAGAUUAGUGCAGGCACGAACACUUUUGUCCUUAUCUGCUGGACUCAGCUCAUGCGGCACCCAGCGAUUGAACUUGUACUUCAAGUUUUAUGCGAUGCAUAGCACGAUUAAUGGCCAUGGACUCCUUAGCAAGCUCUUGAGUGGUUGCGUACUGACCUUCUCUUACAAGUUCUCGCAGGCGGGCCUCAUCAACAUCAAUAGGCCGGCCUGAGCGCUAUGCUUACUGAAUAAGUUCUGGUUUUUGAACUUUCGCUACCAAACAUUCACAAGGUCAUGUGAUACAACAUUCGUACCUUAACCCGUAAGCAUGAUUUGGGGACAUUCUGUAGCUGACUUUUUGCAGCAGAUCUAGAAGUAAAAUGAGGGUCCUAAUUUGGUAACGUAAUGGUUCCAUUUCAGGCACCUUAAUGAUAACGACAUGCUUUUAUAAGUAUCACAAUACAGUGUUCUACAGCAAGUCUCUUUCUUCUUGCGCAGACGAUAUUUGGCGGUGGUGGGAAACUUUCGUUAAAACCCGAUAUUAGUAUUAAAGUUCACUAAUGUUCAGAAAUAAUUUUGGUUUUGCUUCUAUUACUACUUUUUAAAACUUAAGUACUGAUUUGUAUCUUUUAAGGUGUUUAAAUACUUAUAAAAACUAAACUCAGUGGCGUAACAGCCCUAAUGGGCGAAGGCCUGCAGUGCCCGAAAUCUGCUUUCUUGACCGUGGCCCCCGGGGUGCGUAAGCAUAUGCCCUGAGCAAGUGGUCAGCUUGGGUCGCAGGACCACCAGUGUUUAGUCCCCAAGCGAACUUGGUACUCAUUUUAUCGUCCCAAGUGAUAGAAAUCAAGGAAUGAAGGCUGAGUCGACCUUGCCCAGCCCGGGAAUCGAACCCCGGACUUGGGGUGCUGCUGCGCGAUGCGCUAGCCACUGCGCCACCGGGCCUCUUAAAUGCUUAUAGAUUGAUUUAAUUCUGUAACGUCAUUUCAAAAAUAUUUUAAAAUUUUGUAUCUGAAGCAAACAAAAUGUAGCAAAGAAUUAAUCUAAUUAUAAUCUUAAUUAACUCUAUCUGUAUGCAACGAUUUACAUUGCAUUCACUUAUUAAAUCUUAAAAAAAUAAUGUUUAUUAUUUAUAAGUGAGACCUGACGAAACUUAAUUAGUAAUUAGUAAUUAAGUAAUUAAUGUCUGUGAUACCAACACAAUUUAACGAAUUAUUCUAAUUCUAAAUUUACUUAAAAUUUUGUUUCUGUUUGAAGUGAUUAUAUAUGAGAAUUCAGAAAUGAAGCAAAGAAAUUCAUUUCCAAAUACUGGAGAUCUUCAAGCUAUUAAAAUAGUACAGCAUUCUUAGAAAAGUACUUAAGUAAGAUUCUUACGUAACCAUUCUUAGAAAAUUUAAAAUACGUUAGAAAUUAAUAAUUCUGCAUUAAGUUUUUAUUAAGUAUUGUUACGCUGUUCAGCAUUUAUAUCUUUGGCAUUACGAAUUCAAACAAGUAAAUCUUUAGAAUAAAAUAUAUAAAUCAAGUAAAAAUUUUCAUCGUUUCCACUCACUUCAGAAAAGAUUCAAUUUAUAAAUAUUUCUAAUGAUUUACAAUGCGUUUUAUAGGUUAAUUAAGAAAGUUAAAAAAAAUCUUUUAAAAGUAUACAAACAGCCAAAAACACGAUUUGAAAUUUGUGAAUAUUUCAACUUUUGAAGUUUUCUUCAAAAACUGAGUAAAUUUAAUUUUUCUUAUAAUGUUAUAAGACAAAAAUACAUUUUUUUUUCAAUUUAGAUAAACUUAUUGAAAUUUCCAUUCACACAAUUCUUAACUUUAAUAUCGAUUAGCUU